AAUUUUGUGCGAAUAAAAAUCUCCAGAUAAAUAGUAUCAGCUUUUGGGGCUGUUUCGAACGAUCCACGAGCAAGCAAAACAAUGGCUAGCCAAACGCAAGGAAUCCAACAGCUGUUGGCCGCGGAAAAACGCGCAGCAGAAAAAGUAGGCGAAGCAAGGAAACGAAAGCAACGCCGUCUAAAGCAAGCGAAGGAAGAAGCGCAGGAGGAAAUAGAACGAUACCGUCAAGAACGGGAGCGACAGUUCAAAGAUUUCGAAGCAAAGCAUAUGGGAAGUCGCGAAGGAGUAGCGGCCAAGAUUGAUGCGGACACUGCCAGCAAGAUCGUGGAAAUGAAUCGUUCCAUUUCGGUCAAUAAGGCUGCGUUGUUGGCCGAAAUACUCACCCUUGUUUACGACAUUAAGCCGACGGUGCACAAGAACUUCUUCAAGAACAAGUAAGAUCUGAAUUUGCUCCGGGUAAACGACUCCGCAAUGUACGAGUCGAGAACAAGGUAUAAGAUAAAGAUAAACUUUCUAAUUCACCGAACAAGAUAGUCUCACAGGAACGCAAUACAACCAACGCCAUUACAAUCUAUCGAUGUUCAAAAAUUAGCAGAGCUGUAAAUAUUUUUUAUCGUUGUUCUUUUUUGCCCGUGUAAUUUUUCGGUAGCGCACACUUCGGCCAUCGGAUGUCGUUUGCCGCUGCGUUACGGUUUUGUUAUUUCUUUCUUUUUUCAUUCUCAAGCGAUCGCAGCCAUGCUUCUCUCCCGUCGCGAGAGAAAGUAUUGAUCAUUUAUGUUUUUGGCUUGCAUCGCUCGUUGCACGUGAUAAGUUACGUGUGCUGUUUUUUUAAAUGCGAAUUCGAGUCAGCAUAGAUGGUAUAGAAUGCAUAAUCGAAAGCCAUGUGGCCGUUCCGGUGUCUCAUUCCAAAUUCUUCGAUAUGUAUUGUGUCUUUUUCUUGUGCUUUUGUCGAUACUUAGCUACGAAUUAGAUGAUUUAAUAACAAAAGACAUGACAAUAUUAUCGAGCCAUAGCAUUGCGCACGUUGGUGGUUGCGAUUAGGCGUGUUACUGUGGCCAGCGGGUUUGGCAAUUGCAGUGGUUUGAUUAACUAUUGGUUCUCUCUGAAUAAAUUCUGUGGUGGCACAAACACUGUAAGGCAUGGGCUCAAAUGAAUAUCAUGGGCUCUGACAGAUUAAGCAUCGGUUCUACCCUUACAUAUUGUUGCUUUAGUGUUUUGUUUUAAUCCGUAUUUCUUUGCUUACCGAUAAGCUAUCGGGUUGCAAAGCUGUUAUAUCUAUCUAUAGAGCGCGUGAUCGCAAGAAAGUAUGUAUCCUUUACUCCUAACUGAAACAUAUAACUACCCUUGUAGUGUAUCCACGAAACGUUAUCUCGUAAUUUGAAAUUGUAAAGAAUGAAAUAAAUCUAUAUGGAAUAUAAUUAUGAUGAAGCGGU